GGAUGAGGAGGAGGAGCCAAAAAUAAUCGCAUUCCCGCCCUUGCCACCAAACUCCUCCUUCAAAUCUUGCAGCUCCGAGACUGAGAGGAAGGAGAAAGCAAAGUGGAGGAAGGGACGGGGAGGAAGGGGAGGGAGAUGCGGGUGAGCUCCCAGAGGGCGCCCAAGAGAGAUGGAGACGCCCCAGCGAGGCAAGACCGGCGGCGCGUCGCUCUCCAAGUUUGAGGAUUCACCCGUCUUCAACUUCAUCAAUAAUUUAUCUCCUAUCCGACCUGUUAAAUCAACCGAUUCAGCACAUAUUGCACAUACAUAUCAGUCAUUGAAUUUUGCUUCUCUUUCAUCUAUAUUUAGUUCACCACAUGCCAAUCCUCCAAGAGUUACCAGGAACUUGACAGGGCCUCCUUCCACAGAUUUAUCCAGACGUGAGGAAUUUUUGGAAAAUGUUGGUGAAAGUAGCCUAUGCUCAGAGGUUUCUGAUGUUGUUAGGCCAUCGAGAUUUACUGCCACCACACAGGAUAAUUGCAAUAUAACAUGUUCAUUCAAUGAGGCUGCCAUCGAUCCUCCUGAGCACUGUCCAAUCCUUCCAAGUACUCUUCCUCAGUCAUCGCAGUAUGAUUCUGGAAGUCCAGAUCAUAACACCAAAAUGAAAUUUGCGUUAGACUUAGGUCAUGCACCAGCAGAACUUGUUCCUUUUGUUCAGAAUGAUAUAGACAGACGAAAAAUUUUGUUUACCAUGGAGACUGGAGUUCAGGAAAAUCAUCCUCUUGAGCUGAACAAAGAUGAAGUGGAAGGGGUUCAGGAAAAUUUGAUCUUUGAUGAUGCUGAAGAUAUGUUGAUUUUUGAUUCAUUCAUGGAACCAGUGGUUCAUGAACGAGGAGGUGAGGAAGUCAUAGGCAAUGAUGUGACUUCUUUUGUUUCUUUAUUGUCAAAUUACACAGAGAAUGUUGAUAAACUACAGAAAACACAACCUGAUAUCCCUCAUCGUCCUUGUGUCCAAGAUAUCACCCAAGAUCUUCAAUUGAAAUGUAGUGAAGAUUCUAGGAAGAAGAAACCUGAAACAGAACAUGGCAAAAAAAUGCUCUCAGUAACUCACCAAAAUCAGGUUGAUGACAGCAAACAACAUGGCAUUCACAGACGCUGUUUGGUCUUUGAAGUAGCUGGUAUUUCUCAAAGGAACAUAUAUGGUGACUCAAGCCGCAACCAGUCAACUACUUUACCAUCCAAAAGCAGGAAUAUUUUUGAUGCCAACUUGAAGCCUGCCAUUAGUUCAUCACUGUGUGCUUUUCCUGGUAUUGGGUUACAUCUGAACGCUCUUGCUACAACAUCAAUGGAUAGAAUGGUCAAGAAUGAGAAACUGGCUCCCGGAAAACAACUAAUCACUAUGCCAUGCCCCAUUGAUCCCUUUGCAUCAGCAACAACUGGGAGGAACAGUCCACAGAAGUCCUUGGCUAUUGAAGCUGAUCUUUUGACCAGUGGUGAAAUUGAAGACCUUCAGGUUACAUAUGAUGCUGCUGCAAAGGAUAUUUCACUUGGCAAUUAUGAGGAGUUAAGUCAAGGUAGUCCAAAGAAGAAAAGAUGCAAGUCAGAAAAUGGAGGUGAAAGUGAAGGAUGCAAGCGUUGCAACUGUAAGAAGUCAAAAUGCCUGAAACUUUAUUGUGAGUGUUUUGCUGCUGGAGUUUACUGUUCCGAGCCUUGUUCAUGCCAAGGAUGUUUUAACAAACCCAUUCACGAGGAAACUGUCCUGGCUACUCGGAAGCAAAUAGAAUCUCGCAAUCCACUUGCAUUUGCCCCAAAAGUAAUUCGAACAUCUGAGGCUGGUGUGGAAAUGAGGGAUGAUGCUAACAAGACUCCUGCUUCAACACGACAUAAAAGAGGAUGCAAUUGUAAAAAGUCAAAUUGUCUGAAGAAAUACUGUGAAUGCUAUCAGUUUGGUGUUGGAUGCUCAAUCAGCUGCAGAUGUGAAGGAUGUAAAAAUGCAUUUGGAAGGAAAGAAGGUGUUGGAGAAAUUGAACAUGUGGAGGAAGAAACUGAUGCUUAUGACAAGGAAAAGGAAGGUCUAGAUGAUGGCCCACAAAUUGCUAAAGUCCAAAUCGAUGAACGUAAUUCUUUUGGAAAUAUAUUACCCAUUACACCUCACCAAAGUUGCAGGCGAUCGAUCAAACUGCCAUCUUCUUCAAGUGCAAAGCCACCACGAGUUAGCAAGCUUUCAAUUGGACGGUCUCCUGGAUUAUAUGGCUCUCACAUACUUUGGAAGUCUGAAAUCCUUCUCUCUCAAGAUAAAUCAGAGAACAAGAUCAAUGCAAAUUUCGAGGAUGACACUCCAAGUAUUCUAAAAUCCAAUGCAUCACCCACCACCGGUAUUAAGAUUGCUUCACCUAAUCGGAAGAGGGUCUCACCUCCACAUAUUGGAGUUGGCUUGUCACCACCAAACCGUAGAAGUUGCAGGAAACUGAUACUGAAAUCUAUUCCUCCCUUCCCUUCACUCGAUAACGAUGAUGCAUCCACUGAACAUCCAUUGAGCUACUCCCGCAACAGCUCUUUUAGUUCAUCUACUGUCAAUUGAUAUGUUGAGGUUUCUGUGGCAUCAGAUCUCAAUUGUUAUCAGUUGCUGCCCAUUGCAUUCCACGAGACUUGCAGUCUAUGGUAUAAAAGUAAUGUUCUUAUUGCAAGUAUUGUUAAUGGAAUGCAUUCAUAUGUACUUGAAAUAUGUUGUUCUUUGAUAUAUCAGUAUGUUCAUUACAGAUCUUUCGACA